AUUCAUACAACAUAAAGUACGUUGAAAAGACAUCAAAAUUCUUUUGGACUUGCAAGAAGCGAGGAGUGUUUGAGAAGUCAUAAUCAUGCAACCGGGCAUAAUUUUACUCAAAGAUGGGACAGACACGUCUCAAGGAAAGCCGCAGUUGAUCAGCAACAUCAACGCGUGUCAGUAUGUCGCUGAUGCAGUACGAACGACGCUAGGGCCAAGGGGAAUGGAUAAAUUAAUUGUUGACAGCGGAGGCAAAGCAACCAUUUCCAAUGACGGAGCGACCAUUAUCAACCUCUUGGACGUUGUGCAUCCAGCUGCAAAGACGUUGGUGGACAUAGCAAAGUCUCAGGAUGCUGAGGUAGGAGAUGGGACAACCAGUGUGACGCUACUCGCAAGCGAGUUCUUGAGAAUGGCAAAACCUUUCAUUGAGGAAGGUGUUCACCCACAGGUCAUCAUAAAAAGCUACAGGAAGGCAGUUAACCUGGCUAUCAAAAAGAUCAAAGAAAUAUCUGUGCAGAUCAAGAAAGAUGAUCCCAGUGAGAUGAGAAGUUUAUUGGAGAAAUGCGCUGCCACAGCAAUGAGCUCUAAACUAAUUGCCAACCAAAAAGAAUUUUUCUCAAAAAUGGUUGUUGAUGCUGUCAUGUUAUUGGAUGAACUCUUGCCUCUCAAUAUGAUUGGGAUGAAGAAGGUCUCAGGGGGUGCACUUGAGGACACUCAACUUGUGGCUGGAGUGGCUUUCAAGAAAUCUUUUUCAUACGCUGGUUUUGAGAUGCAGCCGAAGAAGUAUUUGAAUCCAAAGAUAGCUUUGCUUAACAUUGAGCUGGAGUUGAAGUCUGAGAAAGAGAAUGCUGAAGUUAGAGUGAACACAGUUGAGGAUUAUCAACAAAUUGUUGAUGCAGAAUGGGACAUCUUGUAUGAUAAACUUGAGAAGCUGGUCAAAAGUGGAGCUCAAGUAAUCUUGUCGAAACUACCCAUCGGCGAUGUUGCAACACAAUACUUCGCAGAUAGGGACAUGUUCUGUGCCGGUCGUGUGACUGAGGAAGAUCUCAAGAGAACCAUGAAGGCUUGUGGUGGCUCCAUUCAGACGUCUGCAAAUAGUUUAACUCCAGAUGUCCUUGGCACUUGCGAGCUUUUUGAGGAAGUGCAAGUCGGUGGAGAAAGAUAUAACAUGUUCAAAGGCUGCCCGCAGGCACGAACAUGUACGAUCAUCAUGCGAGGGGGCGCCGAGCAGUUCAUGGACGAGACCGAACGAUCGUUGCAUGACGCAAUCAUGAUCGUUCGUCGGGCGAUCAAGAACGACGCUGUGGUCGCCGGUGGCGGCGCCAUAGAACUGGAGCUGAGCAAAUAUCUUCGGGAGUAUUCGCGAAGCAUCGCCGGUAAAGAACAGCUCUUGAUAGCAGCAAUGGCCAAAGCGCUUGAAAUAAUUCCACGACAGCUCUGUGACAACGCUGGCUUUGACGCAACGAAUAUUUUGAAUAAACUGCGUCAGAAGCACGCACAAGGUGGGAAGUGGUAUGGUGUUGACGUCACACAUGAAGAUAUUGCGGAUAACUACGAGGCCUGUGUGUGGGAGCCCGCGAUCGUACGGAUAAACGCGUUGACAGCGGCAACCGAGGCAGCGUGCCUCAUAUUAUCCAUCGAUGAAACGGUGAAAAACCCGAAGGCCAACCGAGAAGACCCUUCGGCAUUGCCCGGCCAGGGACGGAGGCGUUAAGUGACGGUCGUCUCCGAUUUAAACUGAUCGACUAAGCUUUUGUAAACUAAUCCCGAGCGUAGUUAAUGAAGACAUAUUUUGAUUGAGUUACUAACACUGAUCUCAAACCAAACUCUGGAUAGUGCAUCCUUAUGCACUCAGAUGUUGUCUUUUCCUAUUAACUAUGCUUUAAGCAUGCCCCCCCCCGAAAUGCAUGUUUUGAUUCUGUUCUUGUUAAUGAGAUCUAGGUUUAAAAGGAAGGUUUAAAAGCUGUGGUUUAGAUCUAUAAAGAUUGAUACUAAUAAAGAUUUAUGUUACGAAUA